GAGCAGAAUAUGAUUCUGGUGCACAAGAUCUUUGUGGUGAACCACAAAGUUUACAUUUACUAAUACAACGUGAUUUUCCUGAUUUAUAUAAAAUUGUUUUUUCAUUAUUACCUUACAAUUCAAUAAAAACUAAUUUUGAUAAUCCUAAUGUAAAUACUACUAAUAAUAAUCCGAUGUAUAAUUUUUCAAAUCAACAAUUUACUAAUUUAUCAAAACAUACCGAAGAAACACAAUUAUUCGAUAUAAUAAAAUCAACUGACAUCGAAUCCAACGCGUGUAGUAAUAAUAAUAAUAAUUAUUAUGAUUAUUAUUUACAAAAUGUAAAACAUUUAUUUGAAUGUGCUAAUACUAUUCAUAUACAAAGAACAACUCAAUUACGUGCAGAAAUACGUGAUCUAUCACAUAGACUACAAGGAUUACAGACAAAUCGAGAUAUGCAUUAUCGUGAAAUACAACGUUUACAUUGUGAAAAACAACAAUUACACAACGAGUUCACCAACCAAAUCUCACGUUAUGAAGAUCGUCUCACGGAAUUACAUAGUGUCAUUGCAGAAUUACGACGUCGUUUAGAACAUUCAGAAUCAAAUAUUAUACAUGAAGUAGAAGAAUUCGAAGAGAAUGAUCACGAUGAUGAUGAUGAUGUUGAUGACGGUGAUGAGAACGAGGAUGAGGCGGAGCAGGAGCAACAGCACGACAAGCAGGUUGAUAAUAAUAAUAAUAGUGAUGGAUUAAUAAUCAAAAACAAAUCUGACGAAAAAUCGAUAAAAUCAAAAUUCCCACCAAUCACUGCAUCCAAUCAUAAUCAUGCUAAUACUAAUAACCAAUCAGCAGUGAAUUAUAAUGAAUUCGUUGAAAAUACACAUGAUGACAAUAGUGAUACAUCAGUGGAUGUGAUGAUGGACGGUGAUGAUGAUGAUGACGAAGUUGAUGGUGACGAUGCUGAUGCACCAGUGGAACAUAUUCAUCAUAAACCUAUUGAUAUUGUUCGACAAUAUCAACAUCAGUCAAAAUCAAUCGCAUCGAAUUAUUUCAUGUUACAAACAACUAAUCUUAUUUAUGAUCAAUUAAAUCAUAGACAUGGAUUAAGUUAUCCAGAAAAGAAUAUGGAAGAUAUGUCUAAAAAUGAUAAUCAUGAUCUU